AUGAAGAACACAGAGCUUGUGAUUAAAAGCUACGGUGCAGCAGAAGAGGAUCCCGCACGUGAGAAGAAUCUUUUCAAGACGCUGCUGCUGUUGGCUCAGUUGACAGGUCUCAAUCCGCAGCCCAGGCUUCCAGCUGGGCUGCCUAGUUGGCUGCGUGUGCUGCUGCAGUCGCUCGCUUGUCUGCAUAGUCUGCUGGUUAUAGUGACUGCGCUGCAGUUUGGCGUGCUCUUCUGCAAGACCACAUUGGCGAUUCUGCCCAGCGGCGAGCUGCAGGACAUAACCGACGCACUCACCAUUAUGGUCAUUUAUAGCUUUGCUACUUACGCCAGCGCCUAUUGGUGUGUGCGCGCCAAGCGUUUGCAGCGACACUUUGACUACAUCAAUGCCGAGUAUCGUCAUCAUUCGCUGGCUGGCGUUUGUUUUGUGAACUCGGCGUAUGCGAGUCAGUGGACGCGAAGCUUUAGCACCAUUUGGUUUAUCUGCUGCAUGGUGGGCGUGCUAUACUGGGGACUCACGCCGCUGCUUUUGGGUGCACACACGCUACCGCUGUUCUGCUGGUAUCCGUUCGAUGCCAUGGCCGCAAUCGCUUAUCCUUGGGUGUACGCCACACAGCUGUUUGGCCAGGUUAUCGUCGGCAGCAGCUUCGCCUUUGGCGGCAAUCUGUAUGUCACGCUCUGUCUGCUGCUCUUGGCCCAGUUUGACGUGCUCUACUGCAGUCUGAAGAAUCUUGAUGCACAUGCUCGACUGCGCUCAGGCGCAACGCUACAAACGCUGCGUACGCUCCAGCGACAGCUGCUGCUAAGUGAUGCAAGCUGUGAGCUCAAUCAGUAUGCCAUGCUGCAGGAACAUGCCACAGAGCUGCAACUGUUGCGACGCCAGCAGGCGCAACUGCCCAGCACGCAAUUGAGCGACGCUGCUCGGGCGGCGUUGGUGGACUGCGUACGUCAUCACCGCUUCAUACUGUCAUGUGCCGAAGAGCUGGAGGCGCUCUUCAGUCCCUACUGCUUGGUCAAGUCAAUGCAGAUCACAAUGCAAUUGUGUCUGCUCGUAUUUGUGGGCGUCUCCGGCAGCCGUGAGGUGUCUCGCAUUAUCAAUCAGCUGCAGUAUCUGUGUCUCACGCUCUGUGAGCUUUUCAUGUUUACCUACUGCGGCGAACUGUUGCGUCGUCACAGCUUGCGUGCGGGCGAGGCGCUCUGGCGUGGCGCCUGGUGGCAGCAUGCACCACACUUGCGUCAGGACAUGCUCAUCUUUCUGUUGAACAGUCGCCGGCCCGUGCAGGUCACCGCUGGCAAAUUUUAUGCCAUGGAUGUGGGUCGCCUACGUGGGGUCAUCACGCAGGCAUUUAGCUUUCUGACACUGCUGCAAAAGCUCCAGGACAAAAAGCAACUCGGGGAGCUGUAG